AUGAGUUCCUUCAGAGUGGCCCUUGCGACGGCCUCCGUGGCCUCUUGCCUCAUGCAGGCCGCGGCUGCGCUGCCGAAGCUGCAGGACCGGGAGAUCGAGGCCCGGAUCCCCGUGACCGACAGAACCGGCCUGCAUAAGGAGGCCUGGGGUGCGACGGCCUUUGCUGCUACCUAUGCGCGAUGGAGCAAGGAGGUGCCGCAGUCGCUGCGGAAGUAUGUGAAGUGGAGCGAGGACCCCGACGGCGACUUCGCCUGGGGCAGCGUCUGGCUCGACACACUCGAGCUCUCGCCGACGCUCAUCGUCCCCAACACAUCCAUCGGCGCAGCAACGUACAUGUCGGACCGGCUGCGCGCCGACAGCGUGACGACGGGCCUCAUGGGCAUCUCCAAGGCGCUCGAGGCGACGACGCGGCCGCCGACGCCCACCAUCAUCGAGACGCUCUCGCUACACCUGGCGCCGGGCCAGCGCUUCAUCGGUGUCGACCUGCGCGCCAACUCGUCGACGGGGCAGUACACCUUUGGCGCGCUGCCGACGCGCCUCUACACGUCGGCCGACCGGCCCUUUGUCGCGACGGCCGACACGGGCACGACGCUGCUCAUGCUGCCGCGCAACGUCGUCGAGGUCUACUACUCGGCCCUGCCGGCGGCGCACAAGGCCGACGAGUACGGCGGCGCCUGGGUGUUCCCCUGCGCCGACGAGGUGCCCGAUUUCGAGUUUUGGGUCGGCGACGGUGACGGCGAAGACGACGGCUACCGCGGGCGCGUGCCGGGGGCGUAUGUGCGGUACGCGCCUGCGAGCCAGGACGACCCGGACACGUGCUUUGGGGGUAUCCAGGACGUCGAGCUCAUGCUGGAGGGGGUCGAGGACAAGCCGGAUGCCAUCUUUGGGGACGUGGCGCUCAAGAGCAUGUUUGUCGCCUUUGACAUUCAGGAGGGGAGGGUUGGCUUUGCCGACAAGGAGCUCGAGGUCUGCUCGUUUGAUCGGAGCUGCCAGGGGAACCCACUUGACACGGGCGAGCUGAAGGGAUGGGGGCAGUAG